AUGGACCCGGAGCAGCGGGUGAUCCUGAAUGUGGGCGGCAUUAGGCACGAGACGUACACCCAUGUACUCAAGAAGAUACCCGCCACACGACUCAGCAGAUUAACGCCGAACCUGGCGAAUUACGACCCGGUGCUGAACGAGUAUUUCUUCGAUCGGCAUCCCGGCGUUUUUGCCAUGAUUCUCAAUUAUUACCGGACAGGAAAGCUUCAUUACCCGACGAACGUUUGUGGGCCUCUUUUCGAGGAGGAGCUCGAAUUCUGGGGUCUCGACGCGAAUCAGGUGGAACCGUGCUGUUGGAUGACGUACACGCAGCAUAGAGACACCCAAGAUACGCUAGCCGUCAUCGAGAGCCUCGACCUCGACGGUGACCCUCCCACCGAAGAGGAGGUGGCGAAAAAAUUUGGGUGGGAAGAUGACUACUACUCGCAGUCGUUGAAUUGGUGGCAGCGGACAAAACCCCGGUUAUGGGCCCUGUUCGACGAGCCGAACUCCUCGAAGUUGGCCCGGAUACGGUCCUAUCUCUCGGUACUGGUGGUGCUGGUCUCCAUACUGUCCUUCAUGGCCAAGACGCACCCCUACUUUCGGGUGCCCCAGAUCACCGUUGUCUACGAGCCGAACAACUCCCUCACCAAAGGCCGAGUCGCCAUCGGCGCCAUCAAAGACUACACGGCGCCGUGGGCCCAGUUUUUCUACAUAGACGCCAUCUGCAACGUGUGGUUCACGUUUGAAUUGUUAGCCCGUCUCGUCUUUUGCCCGGACAUAUCAAAAUUCCUCCGCUCACCCCUCACCGUCAUCGAUAUCAUCUGUACAGUCGCCUACUAUAUCGAUCUCGUCCUCCACGCCAUUUUGCUGCAAGCAGGUUCCAUUGUCACCCUCGAUUUCUUGUCGAUGAUUUGCGUGAUGCGCCUCUUCAAGCUGACGCAACACUUUUCCGGGUUGAAGAUAUUGAUACAAACUUUUAAGGCCUCCGCCGAAGAAUUGGGUCUCUUGGUGUUUUUCGUCUUGUUGGCAAUUGUCAUUUUUGCCGCGCUGGUCUACUAUGCAGAGCGGAGCCAACUGAAUCCCGACAAUCAAUUUACAUCGAUACCUUCGGGAUUAUGGUGGAGUCUAAUCACCGUCUCCACCGUCGGCUUCGGAGAUAUGGUGCCAAAAACGUGGUUGGGCAUGGUGGUCGGUUCUGUUUGUGCCAUGAUGGGUGUGCUGACCAUCGCCCUCCCGGUUCCUGUCAUCGUCUCCAACUUCUCGAACCUCUACUCCCACUCGCAGGCUCGAUCAAAGCUGCCGAAGAAGCGGCGGCGAGUGUUACAGGCUCACGAAGUCAAGCCAAACCUCCUCAGCGUCAAGAGCUUCCCAGGGAAACCGCGAAAACGCUCGAACACCCCGAACACCCCGCCCGGAGAGCGAAAGGGUGCCAAUGGGGGUCUCGACAGCGGAAAUCGAGAUGAGAGACCGUCGAGACGAGGCCACGCCCACCAUCCAAAUCACUGUGAAGCCAAUCGGCUCAUCGAGAAC